GGAAAGGGAGGUAAAAAUAGGAGAAGAGGAAAGAACGAAAAUGAGAAGGAAAAACGAGAGUUGGUUUUCAAAGAAGAUGGACAAGAAUAUGCUCAAGUUUCUAAAAUGUUGGGAAAUGGAAGGUUAGAAGCUAUGUGUUUUGAUGGUAACAAAAGGUUAUGUCACAUUCGAGGAAAAUUAAGGAAGAAGGUAUGGAUUAACACGGGUGAUAUUAUAUUACUUGGUCUACGUGACUAUCAAGACACCAAAGCUGAUGUUAUCCUUAAAUACACCCCAGAUGAAGCCCGAAAUCUCAAGGCUUAUGGUGAAUUACCUGAAAACAGUAAGUUUCAUUCUAAUUAUGUUCUAAGUUUGCCUUAUUGUACACAACACAGCAUUUGUUCAAAGCUACAGGUCAGUAUUCAUUUCAUUUCCAAAUUGCAUGGAUUUAUAUAG